AUGGCCGCAGCAGUCCAAACCCCCCGUCAGCCACCCUCCCUCACCACCAGCUCUUCUCCAUCCAUAUCCUCUUCCACCCCCAAGCCUCAUCACGUCCAGACGGUGCUGAACUACUAUAAAGAUCCCGGCGAUGGCACUCCUCCUGCCCCCAGCUACGUUGGGAGGCCGGAAAGCUACGAUCGUCCGGUCGAGACUCUCCCGGUCACCAUCACCGAUAUCACGGGCCAUGAAGACGAGUAUACACUUGACCAGCAUGGAUUCCAGAUUCAUCGGCACGAGAGCAAGGAGAAGGCCUUCACAGACGACGAGCAGAUCAAGCGGGCUUAUUACCCGGAGACGGAGCAGUUGCUCAAGGAUGUAACCGGCGCAUCUGAAGUCUUCAUCUUCGACCAUACGAUCCGCCGUCAAUACUCAGCAUCAGAUUCCUCGCCAGGAAACCCAGUCUCCCCAGCAAUCGCACUCCGCGGCCCCGUCCAACGCGUCCACAUAGACCAAUCCUACCCAGCCUCCCGCAACCGCGUCCUGCACCACCUCCCUGAGCAAGCACCCACCCUCCUAAAGGGCCGGUACCAAAUAAUCAAUGUCUGGCGCCCCAUAAAAACAAUAUACAAGGACCCCCUCGCCGUCGCGGAGGCGCACUCCGUGCCCGAUUCGGACCUGAUCGGCGCGAAACUCAUCUACCCGGACCGUGAGGGGGAGACGUAUGUUGUUCGACCUAGCGAGAGGCAUAGGUGGUAUUUCCGGUAUGCGCAGACGCCGGAUUUGGUGACGCUUAUCAAGUGUUUUGACUCGAAGACGGAUGGUAGGGCGAGGAGGGUGCCGCAUUCAGCGUUUGUGGAUCCGGAGUUUGAGGGGGAAGGGAGGGUUCCGGGGAGGGAGAGUAUUGAGGUUCGGGCUUUGGUGUUUCAUCCUGAUGAUACCGAGUAA